AUGCCUGCGCUAUCUAUCGCCGUCCAACCCCCUUCUCGGGCACAGGUAUCCACGAUACUAUAUCCUCCCCUGGUUGCAGAGUUCAAUUUCAAAGGAUCAGCUCCCGGAUUUUACUUCUUUGCCAUGGUCAUCCUUCUUACACGAAAUGGGGACAUUGUGGAGCACGGUCUAUCAGGGACUACAUCGGUGACUGGCAUGGACGUCACUUCGCUUGUGGGAUCGUCGAGAACUACGAUUUAUUUCCCUUUUACCGACCUCAGCCUUCUAUACGAAGGCGCCUAUAAGAUUCGAGUCGAUGUGUACAAGGUUGCGUACGAAAAUUCGGACGGGUAUAUUUUUCAAGAUCAGAUUAAAACCAACCGCAUCACUGCUGUUAACGAAGACGUCCCAGCUGGAACUGCCGGUUCUUCUGAACGUAGCGUGAUUCGAGCCCUUCGAAACGCUGGUGUCCAGAUUCCUUGA